UGGUUACUGUUUGUCGCUCUAGUACUUUCCAGAAUUGAAUUUUGGUGAAUUCUGCCAUUUAGUUUUGGCUACGUAGUUUGAAGAAAAAAAAUUUUAAAAUGUCCGAAGUCGAGAUGGAUGUUUCGGAGACCCAGUUGGAUAUUGAUGAUUUGAAUAACCUUUUAAAAGUAGCAACCAGACCCAAGGUUAAGCAAUUGUUAAAUCAGGAAAUUGCAAAGUUGAGUUCUUCAUCUUUACCUUCCUGCUCAACCGCAUCCUCUACGUCGACAACCUCCCCAGAACUGCCCCAACAAGCCGAACCAAUCACCAAAGUCGUGUCUAUCCCGAGGAAAUAUUACAUCGACAUCUCUAACUAUGCUUGGGAUCAGUCGGAUAAGUUCAUGAAGAUAUAUGUAACAGUACAAGGUGUUCACAAACUACCAAAAGAGUCCAUCUCAACUGACUACACUUCAAGAUCAUUUAUUUUAAAAGUGGAAAACUUGGAUGGAAAAAACUACAAGUGUCAUGUUGGUCAUCUGUUUGAGAGCAUAACACCAAGCGAAUGCUUCUUCAAGGUGAAGACAGACACAGUUCUGUUGAUGUUGAAAAAGGAGAAGACACACAAAACAUGGGCUUACGUUGUUCAGAAAGAAGAUAAGAUGAAAACUCCAAAGUUUGAUGAUAAGAAAGAUCCGAAUGAGAGCUUGAUGGAUCUGAUGAAGAAGUUGUAUGAUGAGGGUGACGACGAAAUGAAGAGGACCAUCGCCAAAUCCUUUGCUGAAUCAAGGAACAAAGUUUCAACUGGAGACAUGGAUUUAUAACAACAUUCAAUUUGUUGAGAUCCUAAUGUAUAUGCAAACACGCAGUUUGUGAACGCUACUAUCAUAUUUACUCGUUUCAUGCGGAUUUGGAUGUUUGUUAAAUAUCAGAAGUAUUUUUCGAACAUUAAAUAUUUGUUUCGUUGUGAUUGUCGUCGUGAAAAAUAGUUUAUCAACGUU